UUCAUGUUGGUCAGGCUGGUCUCGAACUCCUGACCUCAGGUAAUGCACCUUGUUUGGUUGUUGAAUUCGGUUUGAGGUUUCCCGUUUUCUACCCAGAAACCAAGAAACCAGGGGUGUCUGAAGCCUCUGGGAGCAGAAAUCUCAGGGAAAGGUCGGGCCCCACCCCCGCUGCACUAGGAGGAGCUGCAACGCUAGGGCGGGAGCGUCUCCGGGCUGGGAGGACUGACAGGGCGGGCGGUGCGCAGACCCCGGAAGUCCCGCCCAGGGAGCGUCUGCCCCGGGCCUUUCUCUGAGUGCGAAUUGUUAUUUUGGCGGGCGGUUGUGACGUCACCAGCCCACGUCCGGUGGCUGCUGCUCUGCUGCAACGCAGAGGGUCUUCGGCUGAGUAAGAGGGACAGAGGCGCGGAGCUCUGGGAAAGUGCGCAAGGCGCCAGAACACUGAACGCUGGAGUCACUCGUCGACCCCGCAGCUGCAGUAAAGUGUAAGUCCUGCUGCAGCCGGAGCCCGGGGUUCCUCCUGGAACCGCGUCCCGGGGCCGGGCUGCCGCGAGCGGAGCGGAGCAUCCUCACCGGGUGAGGGGAGGAGGGGACUUGGCGCGUUCCACUCGCUGCACCCGGAGCUGCAGCCAGCGGUGUUCAGGCCUCGGAGCAGCCAGGCUCGUCUGACGAAAACCUGCGUUUAUUUGCUCGCCGGACGUUUGCCUUAAAAAUGGACAAAGACGCAGCCCUCCGGAGUAUUCCUGUUUGCCGGACCCACCGAGCGCCUUUUUGCUUCAAGACGUGUUUGAUGUUCCUGUUCCCCGCAUUCUGAUACGCUGUUGGGCAUAAUAUUGGAACACAAAACUGUGCAUUUGCUGUCUGUGGUUGGCCGAAAAUAGGAUUCUUUUUCUUGCAGGUGUCGUUUCAUAGACUUUAUUAACAUAUGAAAAUGGCUGUACCCAAAGCGGCCGUCCCUUCGCUGUCUGAGUGCCAAUGCGGGAUCUGCAUGGAAAUCCUCUUGGAGCCCGUCACGCUCCCGUGUAACCACACGCUCUGCAAACCGUGCUUCCAGUCGACUGUCGAAAAGGCAAGUCUAUGCUGUCCCUUCUGUCGUCGCCGCGUAUCUUCGUGGACUCGGUACCACACCCGAAGAAAUUCCCUUGUCAACAUGGAACUGUGGACGAUAAUUCAAAAACACUAUCCAAGGGAGUGCAAGCUUCGAGCCGCUGGACAAGAAUCAGAGGAAGUCGCUGAUGACUAUCAGCCAGUUCGUCUGUUAAGUAAACCUGGGGAGUUGAGAAGAGAAUAUGAAGAGGAAAUAAGCAAGGUGGAGGCAGAGCGACGAGCCACUGAGGAAGAAGAAAACAAAGCCAGUGAAGAAUAUAUACAGAGGUUAUUGGCAGAGGAGGAAGAAGAGGAAAGAAGACAGGCAGAAAAAAGGCGAAGAGAACUGGAAGAACAACUGAAAAGUGAUGAAGAACUGGCAAGAAAGUUAAGCAUUGAUAUUGACAUUGACAGUAGUGAUAUCAAAAGCCCAACAUGCCAAGAUACAGAAAUAGAAGAUAUGCCAACACUUUCUCCACAGAUAUGCCUUGGAAUUGGAGAACAAGGUGCAGAUUCUUCAAUAGAGUCCCCCAUGCCAUGGUUAUGUGCCUGUGGUGCUGAAUUGUACCACGAAAGAGAAGUCAAAACAGAACCAAACAAUCAUCAUAAAGAGUGUGUCUUAACUCCCGAGGGACCUGAAACCAGAGAUCCCAACUCUAAAGAAACUGUAGUUGUGCCUAUUGGCAGAACAGAGAGUGGGUGCGCCACAUCAGGGGUUACACAGACAAACGGAAACAGCACAGGUGAGACAGAAAAUGAAGAGUCUUGCCUACUGAUCAGUAAGGAUAUUUCCAAAAGAAAAAACCAAGAGUCUUCCUUUGAAGCAGUCAAGGAUGCACGCUUUUAUGCAAAAAGAAGGAAGAUGUUCCUCAACUCCUCAGAUCAAGAGGAAACAGAAACAAACUUUACCCAGAAACUGAUAGACUUGGAGCAUCUACUGUUAGAGAGACAUAAACAAGAAGAACAGGACAGGUUAUUCGCAUUACAACUUCAGAAGGAGGUGGACAAAGAACAAAUGAAGCCAAACCGGCAAAAAGGAUCCCCUGAUGAGUAUCACUUACGUGCUGCGUCCUCACCUCCAGACAAAGUGCGAAAUGGACAGAGGAAGAAUUCCAGAGAUAGGAACUUCAAAAGGCAAACUGAUACAGAGCGCCCAAAACCUGAGAGAGGCUCAAAGGACGAAAAUAGGCAACUCUCUGUUAGGAUGCAGCUGAAGCAUUCAGUUAAUGGAGGAAAGACGCCAAAUUCUACUAGAAAUCGUUGUAAUGUAACCAGAAGUGCUCAAUCCCUACAGCCAAACAUUUCACAGAGAAGCAUUUUUCAGAUGUUUCACAGAUGUCCGAAGUAAUGCAUGCCUUUAAAGGGAGUGCUUUGUAAUCUAGUAAAGCUGGAUUGUGAAGCUGUUCUCUUAUCAUAGAAUCUUUAUACAUGUGUCAUUCAUGCUGCUCUCUAGGCACACUCAUUGUCCUUAAUUAAAGGUCUGUGUGGUCGUAAGGACAAUACCUUAGCUUUGGCCAACUCCAAGAAGUCUUCAAGUGCCAUUCUUUUUCCAAAAAACGCAUGUUUUUUGGCCUUUGCACACUUUUUUGUCAUGACUGGUAAUCAAGAUUAUACUAUUCUAACUAAUUAAGGAACCCAUGCAGGGUUUAAAAUCCACAUCUUCUUGGCUAUUGUCCCACGUUUACAGAGUAUUCAAAAUGUAUUUUCCUGAAGUAAUCUAAUUUCCAUCUCCAGUUUAAUUAAAUUUUCAGCAUUGUAGUGAUUCCUUUGGUGAUUUUUUUGUUUUUAAACCAAGUUUUGCUCUGUUGUCCAGGCU